AAAAUUUUCAGUCCCUUCGUGCAGCUCCGUUUCUAUGUAGCCCUGAUUCUGUAAUUCAUUUUGUCUAUUUCUGGUGGUAGUGGUAUUGCGAGUAGAAGCAGCAAGCAGCAUGCUGAGGCAAGCAAAUACUCGUGGAGGUAAACACUCAAAGAAAAAUAAUGGGAUUUUUUUUCGGAAAUUUAUUUCAUGGGAUGACGUGGUCAGUCUCUGCCGCUAGCGGUACUUCGCAGCACGAUAAUGAAACGCUCGGUGCAGCAGGUUGUGGUUGAUUUGAAUCCAUUUGGAGUCGGGCCAAUCCGUUCUCAAAAGGAUGGAGGCACUGUCGGCACGUCUUGGUCUACCACUCCCGAACACUACAUAUGGUCAGCGUGGCAACCGCAUUGCGCCUGUCCUUCCGCGACAGGGGCCCGGGGGCAUUACGACUUCGCCUCGCGCGGCGGCCGCUCAGGCGAAACAAGCGCGUGAUGCAGCACGAGAUCGAGCUGCAGCCAAAAAAGCAGGGGCGUCAAGCGCAUAUUCGGUGGCCACCUCCGACAAGCACAUGCGAUCUCCAAGGCAGCAAAGGAUGGCAGGGCUGGGUACUAGAGGUUCGAACGACGAUGAUAACGAUAUUGACAGGAGGCGUUCGCCUCGCAUCCGCGUGCUAGAUGAGGCAGAACAAGAACACGAACGAAAAAUGGCAUCCACAAUGGCAGGAAGUUACAAUGUCGAAGACGAAUCCAGCAUGAUACAGAAGCAGCAUCCUUCUGACCGGCCUGUCGAAUUCGACAAUCCCUGUCCAUGCAGUUGCCCUUGCUUUUCCGCUUGCAUAGAAUGUGUAAACGCAUGCUGCGACUUCUACCAGAAGUACAUCGCCGGCUGUAAGUGGUGCGACUGCAUCAAUACGCCUGUUGGACGUGUGCUUUUCGUGUUUUUUUUCGUAGGCCUGGCUUGUUUUUUCGGAUACAUCAUCGUAUUGUUCUUAUCAAUCUUUGAGCGUGGAGACUAGUUCAGCAAGCUUUAGCUUCGAUUUAUCCUUGUAGACGUAAAUGUGUAUAGUGUAUCGCCAUCGCUGGGGUCGUCAACGCAGUUGAGAGACUGUAUCUCUAGUACAAUAGAAGCUGCCUAGUCAAUAUCGAUUAAAUAUGGUGGAGAUACCUAUGUAUGUAUAAUGUUUUUAGCAUUUCGAAUUCGACGCCAGAAAUUUCGAUACCUGAUGUCGCCGUCGCAACAGAACCUACAGUACCUACAUCGGGGAGAUGAUUGUUGGAGUCUGAAUCUUGGAAUCGAAAAG